UACUCUCAACUCCCCAUAUAAAUUGCUUCAUCAAAAGUUUCAACUGCAUAUUCCUUCCAUCUUUUUUCUACAAUCUCUUCACUCCACCAUACCAACAUUUCCCACGCCCUCUUUUCCCUUCUGAUUUCAUCCCAUCAAAUAUCAAUACAGGAUUCUAUAGUAAUUACUUCCAGGAUCUUAGAUUAAAGAGUAAAUUAGGGAAAUGGGGAAAUGGAAUCGAAGAAAUUAUGCUCGACCUAGGCGCCGUUAUUACCAAGAUUAUCAAUGGUCUCCUCCCAGAGAUGAACCUUGCCCUGACCCUGAAACUGAGGUUUGGCAGGACAAUGUGCCAAUGUGGGAGAAGAAGUUCUGCUAUCUUGUGGGACGGAUUCCAUGGAAGAAGGUAUUGGCUACAAAGAACUUUAUGAAUUGUCACAGUAAUGUGCUAUGCUGGGAUGAUUCUGCUGGUAAGGAAGCAUUUGAUAUUUCCAAGAAACGCUUUUGGGAAGAGUUUAAUGGCCUUCCAUCUGAUACCCAACUUCCAAACCCAGAUAUGUACAUCGAUGAAAUAGAUUGGAACCCAUGUAUAGAUCCAGAACUAGCAAGGGAGUGCGAUAAAGAAUUCUUUAAUCCAGAUGAUAAGCAUCUCUUACCUUCUAGUAGAUGUAAAGCAACUUGUGGAUCGCCAGACGAUGAUGAUCCUUGGGAGAAUGGUAAUGAACAGAGUUGCUUGACAGAGAAAAAUAAAGGACCAGGUUGGGGCCAGUGGGAUAAGUUAGAAAAUGAGGCUAGCAGGGUGAGCAAAGACGAGGAUCCUUGGGAGACAAAUAAGAUAUCCGAAUAUGGAGCUGCCAAGAAUAAUAAUACUGGUUGGAACAAAUGGGAUGAUUCUGUUAAUAACGACCCUUGGGAAAACCAUCAUAAACAAAAAAUUGUCGCUGUUAACGAUAGUUCUUGGAGAGGUGAAUGGAAUAUAUUAUGGGAUGCAAAAGAAGGCUCUGGAUGGCAAGAUCGGAGAGCAAGUUCAAGCACUUGGAAUCAGGAGACACGAGAUGCACCUUGUACCAGUUACUGGCAUGAGAAUCAUAGAAAUAGAUCUAGUUACUGGCAUGAAAAUCAUAGAAAUAGAUCUAGUUACUGGCUUGACAAUCACAGAAAUAAACCUCAAGAAUUUGGCUCUCAUCGAUGCAGCAAAAUGCCGAAUGGUAGGGGAAAUCAAUCGGGGCAGAAGCCGAGAGAUAAAUAUAACUGGGGGCCUAAAGACUCCAUAAAUAUCCAUAGAGGCCAAGGACAAUUCAGUACAGGUUGCCGAAAAAGGGAAGGUCCUGAUUACUAUGUUGCUAAUAAUAAAGGUCCAAGGUUAUAUGAGAAUGGCCAACCAUCUUAUCACUGGAAUAGAGGUAACAAUUAAAAGUUCAGCUUUGGAGGUCAAUGAUCGAUCGUUUUUGGGCAUUUUCUAAACUCGGGUGCAUUGCUAGUUAUUUUAUAAGUUGAUCGUAGUGGGCAUUUUCUAACAAGCUCAAUGUCUUAUACGUCGAGAGUAUAUAUAGCAAGUGAUGGAGUUUAAAGGGAUGAUUGGGUUUUUCUAAGAUUGAGACACUUGAACGAGCCGUCUCUGUGCUGUUAUUUGAUUCCUUCCUCACACUUUUGGUUUUUGAUAGUAUUAGACUAUUAGGAAGAUAUUUGGUAUGGUCUUAGAUUUGGUGUCACUGUAAUUUUAUAUGAAAUGCUUCCUAAUUGCAACCAAACUGUAGACAUUAUUAGGUUUUUCUCUCAUUUGUGCUUACAUUUAUUAUCAUCUGGGAUUCUUUUGGGUUUAAACGGAACAACUGGAUUGGAAAUAGUGGCUUAAUACAUUGAUUGAUAC